CCAAAGCGGCGUUCCGUUCUGUCCCCCAAAAUCCCCCACCCGCCAUGCCCGACUCCUCCGCCGAUCCCUUCCUCCCUCCCCAACCCCGGCUCGAACCCUUCGCCGCCGCCGCCGUAGACGCAGCGAGGCCCGAUCCGGACAUGCCGCCGCGGAAAGCCAAGCUCAAGAGGCCCCUCACCGAGAAGCUGCGCGCCGCCGCGGAGCAGCGCCAGGCGCACCUCCGCGCCCGCCUCCGCCUCCAGCCCCUGCCCGCGCCGCCGCUCGCGCCGGCGGAGGGGUCCCCCGAGGAGGCGGCGCUCCGUGCCCUCGGCCUCCUCGACUUCGCGCGGCUGGGGCCCUCCCUCUCGUCCGAGCCCCUCCGACCCGACCUCGUCGCCCCCCUCGUCGCCUACCACGACCCCGCCCAGCGCCGCAGCUUCGUCCGGGGCGUCCGCGUCGGCGUCUCCCGGAAGCACUUCGCCGACGCGCUCUGCCUCCCCUGCAAGCCGGCCCCCACGGCGCCGCAGCCCGAGGCGGACCCCGCCGCGGUCGUCGCCGCCUCCCAGGAGCUACUUCAGGCCUACGUCCUGCCGCUGUUCCAGGGCGACGACAUGUGCAUACUGCCCCAGGAGGUGGUCGCCGCGGAGCAGGCGGUGAAGGACGGGUCGGCGCAUCGGGUUGACUGGGCGGGCCUGAUCUGGGGCCUCGUCGAGAAGGAGAUGCACGAUUUGCCCAAGAGGGACGAUGGGCUGUGCUACUACGGGGCGUAUUUGCAGAGGCUCAUCCGGGCACAUAAGCCAGAGCUGUUCGAGCAGACGGAGGAAGAGAGGGGAGAGGCUGUCUUGGAGGUGUCGGACAUGGAAGAGGAGGAAGCGGACGAUGAUGCGGACGCCAAGAGCAAGAGCAUGGAGGAGUUGGAGUCAGGGGAUGCGGAUGCUGAUGAGAGGAGCAACUGCUUGGACAAAUUGGAGAUAGGGGGUGCAGAUUUGGGGAGCAAUAGCUUGGAGGAGCUGGAGUCAGGCGAUGCAAACGUAAGGGGGGAAAAUGCGGAAGAAUUGGAGUUGGCAGUUGAGGAUGAGCUGAACAAGGGAUUGGAUGACACGGAUGCUGCAAAUGUGGAUGCAAAUCAUAUGGACUUGGAUGAAUCAGAGGCUACGGAUGAGGACGCGAAAGGCAAGAGCUUUGGUGAAUCGGAGAUGGGGUUUGUGUCUGUGGGAGCAGUUUCUGUUACGCAUGAAGUGAUGCUUCCUAAUGAUGAGGAUGCGGCAGAGGCGGCAGCAGAGGAAGAUGGAGACACAGCAAUGGCAACAGUAGAUAAGGAUGCAGGUUCAUUGACAGAAACGUUAGUGAUGACGCAUGAGGAAUUUGUGGCAGUGCCGGAGGAUGAUGACGAGGAGGCAGAUGGGGAUGAAGAGAAGGAUGCAACAGGGUUGAGCUUGGGGAUUGGCUCUGUCAAUGAUUAUGACAGUACAGAUAUGGAAGAGGAUGCAAACGUGGAAAAUCUUUGUGAGGGUGAUAGUGCCAAUGAAGAGGCAGAGGAAUCAGAGGAAGACGCAUUUGGGCAGUAUAGGAGUGAAGAGAUGAAUUGGACGAUGGGGGAUGAGAAGGGGCAUGGUAGUGAUUUUGUAAACCUUCAGUUCGAGAAUUUGAAUAAAGGUGAUGUUGAAAUCAGGAAUGAAGUCAGCUACGAUGAUGAAUUCUCUGGAAAGAUGGGAUCUUUGCAUGGGAUGACAUCAACAAACCUCCUGCAGGCAAUGAGCUCAAUUCCUGCGACAUACAAUGUUUCAGAGAAUGCUCCUGACCUGUCCUCUGGAGAAUUCUUGGCUAUGGGGGCUGAUGCUCAUAAAAAUGGACUGGACCUAGGGACCGGGAGCUCAUAUUUCUUUGAGAAUAAUGGGAAGAGGCAUAUUGGAGAAAUUGAGGAGUACAAUGACCAUAUGCCAGGAAAUGAGCAGUUUGACCAGAGAAAUCAACAUAAGAGGUUGCGGAACAGCAACAACAGUAGUAUAUCACCUGGAUCAGCAGUCUUCAAUGCACAUUUUGCAGAACCCUUUCAAAACUUGAUGAGCAAGGCUAGCAUGUUCUAUGAGCAGAAAGAGAGAGAACUUCAAGAUGUUCUGGUGGAGAAACAAUAUUUGGCCAACUUACUACAGGAGAAGGAACAAAUUAUCCAAUCGUUGAACUCGGCCAGAUUUGAGCAAGAGAAUAAGUGGCAAGCAGAGAUUAGACGCUUUGAGCAUGAUCUGAAUGUGAUGGCCCAAUUGGUCACUGGUUACAGGAGGGCAUUGAAACAGAACCGAGCCUCUUUUGAUGAGUACAGGAAGAAAUUCCCUUGUGACAAGCCUCGUUAUUGUGAUGUUCCUGGUGGUGGUGGUCUUGUUCUUAGUGUCAAGGAGUUGGAGAAGAAGCGGUUAGAGGAGGAGCAGCAGAAACUUGCUAUGGCAAAUGAAAUGAUUGGAAACUUCCAGCAUGAGUGGUUUUCGAAGUUUGAUGGCUGGGCACGAUCUAUCCAUUAUCUACGGAGCAGAACAGAAGAACUGGUUGGGGAGCUCACUCUUCUCAGGGAAAAAAGAAAAGCAAAAGUUACAACCCCAGUUAUGGAAGAAGCGAAUGAUACAGCUCCAGCUACAGAAGAAGCGAAUGUUAUAACCGCAGCUACAGAAGACAUGAAUGCAGCUACAGAAGAAGUGAGUGUUAUAACCCCAGCUACAGAAGAAGUGAAUGUUAUAACCUCAGCUACAGAAGAAAGGGAAGUUACAACCGCAGCUACAGAGGAAGCGAACAUUACAACCCCAGCUAUAGAAGAAGCGAAGGUUACAACCCCAGCUACAGAAGAAGCGAAGGUUACAACCCCAGCUACAGAAGAAGCGAACGUUACAACCCCAGCAACAGAAGAAGCGAACGUUACAACCCUAGCUACAGAAGAAGCGAACAUUACAACCACAGCUACAGAAGAAACAAACAUUACAACUUCAGCUACAGAAGAAGCGCAAGUUACAAUCCAACCUACAGAAGAAUGAGCUCUUGCUUUUCUGGCAUUCAGAGGUUCUGAUAUGAUGCCUACUGGCCACCAGGGUCCCCACUACGGCAGUAUCCUGGUGCACCUGAUGAGCUCUCCUUCAUAAAUGCACACUCCAAUUCUAUGGGUAUUUUGAUGUCAAGCCUGUGCAUCAGCAAUGUAACUACCUGGUGGUAAAUUGUAGCAAAGAUGGCAUUAUUCGACGUAUAAACUAGAUGUAUUGUUAUACAAGGACGCCUAAAUGGUUAGUGCUUAAUUUAGAUGCCCUUUUGACGCAAUCACUUUGCUGGGCCCCUGUUCGAUAGAACAAAAUUGUGCAUUCUCAUCCCCUGUUUGCAGUGAUAGUUCAGUACUUUAGUCGUAAUGUGUCUCCUCCAUUGUCAUGGGUUAUAGCACAGUGAGGAAAUGGAUUUCGAAGAUUAUUUUGUGACCUUGGAUGGCAUUAGGUUGCUGGUGUACACAAUACUGGACAUCUGUUCAAUGUGUGUACUGGAGAAAACCGGUUGAGAUAUGGUAGAAAA